AUGGACACACCGAUCGAAAAAUGUCGUCGUGCACUCCAAAUCAAAAAUCAACUGAUUGUGAACUGCUUGUCGGAGCUGUAUGCCACAUGUCUUCUUCUUUUCAUUGGAAUCGGCAUUGUAUGUCAAUUCGAUUUGACUCAUAGAACGUUGAAUACGUGGAUACAGAUUAACAUUGGAUGGGGUUUCGCGAUUACUUUCUGCGUUUAUACAAUCUCGAAGACAACUGGUGGUCAUUUAAAUCCAGCCAUUUCGUUCAUGUUCUGGUCAUUCGGUAAAAUCCCUGUUAUGCACGCUGUCUAUUAUAGUAUUGCACAGACGGUUGGUGCUUUCGUCGGUACAGCGCUUGCCUAUUCUCUUUAUUAUGACCAGAUCUGGCAUGUGCUCGGUGCGGAGCGCAUAGCAGUUGGUCCAAACGCUACAGCCGCGCUAUUCACAUCAAUGCCGCCCGAGCAUGUAUCGAAUGUUAUUGCGUUCUAUGAUCAGUUUGUUGGAACGGGUUUCUUGGCGUUAUUCGUGGCCGUAAUCGUUGAUAAACGUAACGAAAUACCGGUUGGCAUUCAUCCGUUAUUGGUCGGUUUUGUGAUCGCCAUGAUUGGUAUGGCUUUCGGUAUGAAUGUGGGAUAUCCCAUCAACCCGGCGCGUGACUUUGGACCACGUCUCUUUGCUGCACUCAUUGGUUACGGAUCGGAGAUGUUCACCUAUCACAAUUAUUACUUUUGGAUACCGAUCGUAGCGCCUUUCUUUGGCGCGUUAUUUGCGGCAUGGUCGUAUUAUUUAUUCGUUGGUUUUCAUAUUGUUGAGCGACAUUCGACAGCGAUUUAUUUAAAAGAGAUCAAAGACGACAGCGGCGAUUCGGUACCACUGCAAAAGAAUGCGUAG